AUGGGAGAUUCAGGCGAUUCCAGCUCUGCUAGCGAUUGCAGGUCACCGCAGCCGAAAGGGAGGUCAACUAAUAAAGUCUUCAUAUGGCUGAAAGAGAAGGCAAAAUGUACACCGCGUGGAAAUCCGUGGGUACUGCUGAAUCGUGGAGGCAGGGUUAAAGACGUCGCAAUUGGAGGAAACUAUUCGAGUGCAAAGAUGAAAGAGCUGGUGAAGGAAAAUUUUGCUGGACUUGCGGCAGUUGACUUGAAUAGGUAGGAUAAGUACCAGAGCACUUAAUCUCGCCUGCAAGUUGUAUGCAUUGAAUACUGGAUGUAGACGGAUAAGUUUAUAGUAAUGUAAAAACCAGGUAAGGCAAAACAAUGCAAAUUCCAGCCACGUGACGUAGGAUUCAAGACAGCCUUUAGUAAUUUACCGCUUAUACUUUAACUAUUUGCUAGGGAUCAUUCAUUAAAACUUAAGUAUGAGCAGUGGACCUGCUGCCACUGUAAGGCCUGUAAAGGUGUGAAAUCUGCUCAUAAUAUACAAAAGUAGUACCUAUUAUAACACAUGCAAUUGUGGGCGGAAAGAAUCCGUCUUUCAAGAAAAAAAAUUCAGACCCACCCCAUAGAGCGUCAUUUCACGUGUCGUCAUCAACAUUAAAAAAUAAGGAAUUAUCAAUCCUUAUGAGAUUUUAGUUAAGUUGGUUCAUAGAACAGUUGAAGACUUUUCUUUUAACAAAUUUCAGUUUUAUCGGGUUUUGAGCGCAUACACAUUUAUGUAGCAUGACUCAUGGGUAAAGAUGGUAAAGGCCAUCUUUGCCAAAGCUUCCAGAUAACUGUGCUGCAAAGGCUGUUUUAAUUUGCAUGUUGACAUGGAUAUAAGUGCAGUGGAGUAAAAUAUAUGGCCACAGCACCAACAAAUAUCUGUUAGAAUUUCAAUUACACACAUACAAAAAAAAAUGGAACAUGUACAUUUUGGAAAUAAUAGCCUCCUGAAAGUGGGAAUGCAUUUUCACCACACUUAAAAAAAGACAAUUUUCUUUGGCAGACAUAUGCAACAACAUAACCCAAUUAUUCUGCUGAGAAAUUUAAAUCUUGAUAUUAUGACUUUUAAAUAUUAAUCCUUUUUUAUUUUUAUUACCAUGGAUUGCACUGCAAGUUUAAGAAGGUUCUUUGCCUUUCAAAAUUUUUAAUAUUUAUGUCAUAGAUUUAUCAAAGGAAAACUUGCGAUAAGCUCAUAUUUCCACUAUUUCACUAAUAAUUCAAAACACUAAUUAAAAAUUAUUUGUUUCCUUUUUUAUCUCAGGAUCUAACACUAACCCUCAGUCUAUACCAACACCAGGAGUAAGCAAUCCCAACCAUCCUUCUCCAUCUCUUCAAACAAAUCCUAAUUUUGAUGUUUCUUCCCUCCAUCUCUCAACAAGCCAAUCCCAACUCUCCCCUCCUCCUGCUCAGCCCAAUUCCAACCCACCCUCCACAAACUAAUCCCAACCUUCCCUUCCCCCUGCUCAGCCUGAUUCCAACCCACCCUCCACAAACCAAUCCCAACCCUCCCUCCCCUCUGCUCAGCCCAAUUCCAACCUGCCCUCCACAAACCAUUCCCAACCCUCCCUUCUCCCUGCUCAGCCUAAUUCCAACCCUCCCUUGCUUUUCUCAACAAUCUACCACUCACCAAAAUCCCAGCCAAUCUCAAACAAGUGUGACCAAUUCAGUCAUCCAGCCAGAGACUUCCAGUGGUGCAACAAGUGUGAUAAGUGGUGUUGUUAGUCUGGUGGACUUGACAUUGCCUACAAGUGAAUGUAAGUGCUUAAUUGAUUGCUCAUUAGUUAUUAAGUUUAUUAAUGAUUAAUAUAUUUUAAACCUGUAUUUGCAUCUUGUGUGGAAGUAGGUGACCCAUCUGCCGUUGAUAAUUAUCGUGUGAUUCACCUGAAACUGUUGUGUUGUUUUUUGAACAGAUGGUGUCAUUGCUUUAGAUGAUGUCAAUGACAAUGAACUUGACAGAAGCUAUUUAGCUAGUAACUCAGUAAAUGUUGACUCAGGUAAUAUGAUGAUGACUGAUUAAAGAACAUUUAAAUGCUCGUUUUUUUGCAGACCCCAACCCCAAUCCUGAUUUGGAUUAAUCCCUGGGGUGGCAAUGAAAACCGCAUGUAUAUUAUGCUAGAAAUCUAGUUUAUUACUGCAGGUAGUUUACAUGGAUGAUUUCCAAUUGUAUCAUAAAUUACCAUUUAAGAGGCAACUUAAUUGUGCACCCUAGGCCAAGCCAAGUUUACACAUGAGGUGUGAAGUAAAUCAACCAAAUUAAUGUGAGAAAUGAAAGAAAUUAAUUUUCAAAAAAAGACAAUUUUUACUCCAUGAUUUUUUUUCCCUUUCAACAUAGCAUGUCAUUUAACUGGCAUACAUCAGUGGCAAAAAGGCACGUUUCUAUAAAAUGGAUUAUAAAACACAAUAUGUUGAAUUAACUUUAACAUAAUUUUAAUUACUUAAUGUGUUAAUCAAAAUUCAAGAGAUGAACAACUGUGUCUCAUGUAAAUGGAGAAUGGGACAUUCUACUAUGCUACAGUAUGGUGUGAUAUAGACUGACAGACUGACUCACUCAUUCAGUUUCAUGGCAUAAAGGAAUGCACAAUAACUAAUGUCUUGAUAUUCAUUUAAUUUUAUGCCACUUCAUUUCAGCUGGGAUUGUAGAAGAGGACACGAGUUCUUUGGGAAUUCUCAAUCAGAAUGCUCAAAGUAUGUUGGAAAUAUUGUCAAUAAUUCAAUGCACUUUGAUGCACGGCUCUCCCUGGAUGAUGACAAUAGAAAAAUUUCCACUAGAUACAAAAUAAUAUCUUGCCAAAAGCAGCAUUGUAGCUUAUAAUGCAUGACUCAGGCUUCCUUAUAUCUUAUGUUGCUAUCUGUUUCAUAUUUUCAGCUAAAUAUAUUUUGAAAAAGCUUUUAUUAAUCCCCAGUUCACAUUUCACUGUAGACUAUAAGCACUGGUAGAUUAACUGUUUAAGUACAGACAAAACAGGAAUUGAAAUCCAAAACUACAAUUUUUUGCCCUUCAUUAGGUAAAAAGAAAAAGAAAAACAAAAAAAACAAAACAAAAAUAAUAUAACCAGUGAUUAUCUUUUAAUGAGUAACAAGUGCAAUUUCAUGUUACUAUGAGUGAAAAGAAAAAAGGAGAAACAGAUACCUUUACUUUCAUUCACACACUCUUGGCAUUAGUUGGCCCACAUGACAAUUUUUUAAGAAUGAAAGUGGCCCCAACUGACUGGUUUCUAUGUUUACAAUCAUACAUUAUGUUAAAAUUCAAAGCACAAAGAUCAUUCAAUAAACAUCACAGAGGUAUUCAGGAUUUUCCAUAUCCAUUGUGCAAUGCACACAUACUGUAUUUCACAUUAUGUAGUGAUUAAAUUAUUAAUCAAAGAUGUUUCUCCCUUUAUCAAAUCAUCAGAAUUCUGAAUAUUCUAUGUAGAAUUAAUGGAAACAUAUACUUUUGGAUAACAAAAGCAAACUCAAAAUCUAGGAGAGAAGGUAUUGAAUAACUGUCCAUAUUUUAAAUUUUUUGGAGAUAAAAGACAAAUAAACUUAACAAAAGGUCAAAGUUUAAAAACUUUCCUAAAAUUUAACCAGCUAAACAUUAAUAUUUUAGUAUAAUAUUUCCAUUUUAUUGUGAUAUUGUGUAAUGGGAAGAGUGUGUGCAUAGAUAUGUUUCUUCAUUAUUAAGGGACUUUGAUAGGGUUGAUCUCCUGUUCCCUUGCAGGAUGUAUUUCAAAUAAAUUGUUUCACUUUCUGCAGAAAUGAGCUAACCAGUAUUUUCUGUUGUUUCAUUGUCUCUGUUAUGUUUCAUUAUGCUAUAUUUGGUACCCCAUGACAACCUUCAUACUCCAAUAAUAGAUGUAAUUAUCAUUAGGGAGGAGGAGGGCGGUUAAAAUCAAUCAAAAUUGCUUUGAUGUUAUUCAUGAUCUUUCUAUACUUACCAGCCUCCUGCCAUUAAGCAUGAACUUACAAGGAAAUCAAAAGAGGUCAGUACUAACACCAGGGUAUCACCUGUGACACAAACUAAAUAACAAGUAUUUGACAUAGAAAGGGAGGCUUAUCAAUUUACCAACAAAUUUAUGGUAACAGCAGGCUAUUUAUUGUUUCCAACAGGGAGAGAUUAGAGCAGGAACACUCCUUAUAG